GUUGGUAUCCUCCAGAGGCGAAGGCAACCACGUAUUCUCCGACGGUUUACACCUCAACACCAACAAUUCGCCGACCAAAGUUAUGUUGAUUCGCGACAAAUUUUGGUUGAUGAGUACCAACCUGUAGCAUCUGCAGGACGAGACACGAGGUUCACUCCAAAGUAUCCGGUUGCUGUUGCAAGGAGAGGGAUCCACGGUAGUCGGAAUCUGUUUCCUAAGAGUGAUUGGCGAGAAGAUCAGUGCAAGAAACUGUUGGUGUGCGAUGUUUUUGAGUCAUUACCGGAACACAAACAUGAGGCCUUCAAAAAGCUUAUGGACAUUAUGGGAACAAGUGUUCCUGGAUACCGUUCCCCAUCCAAACGAAAGUAUCCAGGGAACUCCCCGGGAUAUUACCCCGAUACUGAUACUGAAUCGAUUAACGCCAGGCAAGCGCAGAAAAGUUCAAGAUCGUCAACUUACAAUGAACGCUUUGCCGAUGCUCCCCGAUUUCUUGUCACUAGCCCAGCGUCGCGUUCUACACGCGUACUGGCUAUGAUCCCAUUCGAAGAAAAGGUCAAUUCGGAGAAUCAAGAUCGUGUUGACACUACUGAUAUGCCUGAACUGAUACAAAAUGAUAUCCACGAAGGAGAACGUUCCGUGGAUAACGACGUGGAUGAGGGUGGAGAUGUGGACAUCGAAACCUAUGAAGAGGACACAUCACGUGAUCAACGUAAAUCGACCUUAUGGCUCGACAAUAAAGGACGUGUACUUGAUGUUCAUCCCGGCCGGGGUUCUUACCCAGAAGUUCGAGAUGAAGCGUUUGGAUGUCCUGAAUUACGUGUUCUUCCCCAUAAUAAAGACGGUCAAGAUGAACGGUUUUGUCCGUCAUGUAGGAUGACAAUGAAGAGGUCCAUAUUCUACCAUCAUGGACGCCUGAUUCGAAAAUAUGGUCGUUGCGAUAUAUUCACUCCGAAACGAUUUCCCUGUGGAUCUCCAGGCUGCCAUGAGAGGUUGGGGACUCUUGAAAGGCUGUGCGAGCACAUGUACCAGGUUCAUAGAGCUCCAACCGACAUCAAAAGGAAGGUGUUCGACAACGAGACGCAGUUCGAGGAGUUUUUGCGCGAAUUGGAAAGCCGUGGUGGUAACUUUCGAAUGUCCCGAGGCAACAAGACAAUCAAAGAGGGCAUUGUACAGUAUUUCCGUUGCAAUCGGAUAUUUUCUAUAGCAAAAGACAAGGCGUUGCGGAUCGUUGAUGAUAUAAAUGCAGGAACCUACGAGGCUGUGAAGGACAUAACACAACCAAUGGAUCCAUUCGGAAAAGAAACAAGUACGAAGCCGUACCUUCGUACUGAAGAGGCCUGUACAGCGUUCUUCCGGAAGACAUACCUGAAUGAUGGUACUAUCGAAGUACGAUAUUGUGACUACCACCUUCACGGUGAUGAGAGGCUACGUCUCCCUACUGCAAUCCGUAAUCGUAUCUACGAAAUGUCAAAGAAAUCGUUACCAUUACCUGUAAUUGUUAUGACUGAGCACGGCAGCCCACCAAGUACCACCAAAAGUUCACCUAAAAUUUCUUCGAAUAUUUUGCGGUACAAUGUUAAAUGGAUAUGUACCAUAGUGGUACCAGAGCCGUCACCAGUGAAAGGAUCGGUAACCAAAGCAACUCGUCCGGAUGCUGAAUGA